CUCUGAUAAUACAAGCCUAAGGUGGCGCUAAUGGAGACUAUGGUUUACGCAGUGCCGGGGGUGCUGGCGUGUUGGGAGACGAAAUGGAGGAUCUCUAUACGUUAUUACAUGACGUCAAGGUCCACCAUCCAGGCCUACAAGGCGUAUCAGUCGGUACCAUUCUCUCAGAGUCAAAUUACCAACGUGUUCGCGUCGAACACGUGUGCGGAUCAAGCUCAACAGGUGCCGUCGUCUCUCCCUUACGCCCUUGGCGGCCUGGCCUACCUCUGGUAACGCGAUCAAGCCGAAUUGCCACCAUCCGAGAAUCCGAGAUAAUCUCAGCUGGGAUCAAAAGCGUGCUCAUCUAAGUAUCAGGCAUCGGUCUUGACACCUAGGAAAAUUGCGAGAAAUGCAGGACAGCCUCUCGCGCUGGCUUGCAUGUUUGUGGCGAAGUGGUCGAAAAUUCAGUCCAUAUAAACAAAUGAACCACCCCCCCCCCCUCCAAUUGAAUAAACCACACCGCAUCCCAGA